AUCCUGUUUUGGAUGACAACCGGUGACAAGACCGCCACUGACAAGACUAUCAUCCACAUCUGGUCAUCUGGCUAUGACGGGAACGUCUAAACUAAAGGACCCUCGAACAUGUCGGAUAUUUUUCUCCUCUCCUUUUGGAGGAAUGGAGGAGGAGCGCGAGGAGCUAACGCGGAAAUACUUCCCCCAGAUUCACCACCUGUGCAACUCGCGGGGAAUUCAAUUUGUCGCUGUGGACAUGAGAUGGGGAAUCACGUCGGAGGCGGCUGAGAACGCCCAGACUGUCAGCAUUUGCCUUAGAGAGCUAGAUCGAUGUGAUAUUUUUGUCGGAUUCUACGGACAGCGUUAUGGUUGGCAUGGGAUUGACAAUAAAAACAUCCAAAGGAACAUUGACAAUGCGAUGGGCCGCUAUCCAUGGCUGGAGGACUUCCGAGACAGGAGUGUGACAGAGCUAGAGUUUGUACACGGACAUCUCAACAAUCCAGGAGCUCUGCCAGCAUGCAUCUGUUUCAGAGACAAGAGCUAUGAUGAAGAGAGGGCAUCAAUCCUAGAAAUCUCUGGUGAUGACAAAGGAGCCAAGCGGUAUCAGAGUGAGGGGGAUGAGGCAUCAAGGAGACUAGCAUCUCUGCAGGACAGGAUACAUGACACCAGAGACAAGACAUUGGCUGUGCACAUGGACUAUCUCAACCCUAAAGAAGGAGCGAAGCACAUGUUCACAGCUAUCUGGGAGCACCUGAACAAUGUGAUGCUCACCCGAGAUGGGGACGAGGCAGAGUCCGAGAGGCUCCUGGAGCUGGCUGACCAUCAUGCCUUCAUGGCGUCCAGACAGGCUCUGUACAUCGGUGGCGACCACUACUUCCAGCAACUCAACACAGUUCUGUCCUCAGGUAUAACAGAGAAAGUUGUCCUGGUGGCAGAGGCAGGGCAGGGGAAGUCAUCGCUCCUGGCCAACUGGGUCUCUCAGGCCCAGAACUCAGAUCCAACAGCAAUUGUAGCCUACCACUUCAUCGGCUCCAGUAAAGAUAGUAGCACAAAGACAAACAUCUUGAAACGUUUGACAACAGAAAUCACAGAGGCUCUACCAGAAAAGAAACAGGAAUCCUCAGAAUCAAAGACCCAAGAUACAGCAAAGAGUACAGACAGUGAGGGAAAAAAACCUGCCGUAGAAGACACAGGGAAGAACAAGGGUCAAGGAGAUCAAGGUGAAGUAACCCUUGAAGACACAGAUCAGGAUUCAAAGGGCAGUGUUGAAAGUUCAAAAGAGAAAGAGGAUGGUUCUAAGGACAAGGCUGAUACAAAUAACAAUUCGGAAAAGGACAACAACAAGAAAAGUGAGAAGUCGAAGGAUGUUCGUGAAAUGAUGACUCUGCUGAUGGGGGAACUAGAUAGGGCAAGGACAGAGGGAAAGGUGGUUGUCAUAGUCAUUGAUGGACUAGACAAGAUAGAAGAGACUUUUGGGAAGAUAGCUAAGCCUGUGUCCUGGUUACCAGACAAAAUUCCAGAUAAUGUGAAGAUUGUGGUGUCAGUGUUGGACACUGAGCCAGACAUUAUAGAGGAGCUUGUGACUGCAAGGAAAUACCGGAAGAUAACCCUAGGGGGCCUACAGCUGGAAGACCGGACGCAGAUAUGUGAGAGAACACUGAAGGAGAGUGGAAAAGAGUUGUCCAAGCAACAGCUGCAGAGGAUUGUUGACAAGGAUCAGACUGAAAACGCCCUCUUCCUGAAGAUUAUUAUAGCUGAACUGUCUGUGUUUGGGUCGUUUCGGAAACUGGAUGAAAAGAUAGAUGACCUUUUGACAUCUAACAGCAUUCGUGAUCUUUGUGUGAAAGUCCUUGAGAGACUGGAGUCUGAUUACAACACAGCACAACAGCCAGAUCUUGUACAGGAGGUACUGAAGUUACUUCAGGUGUCUCAUGAAGGUCUGACUGAAACGGAACUCAAGGAGAUACUAGAUCUCUCUCCCCAUGUGUGGUCACCGUUGUACUUUGCCCUGGAACAGUAUGUGGUUGUCCAGUCGGGACUGAUCAGUUUUGCUUUCUCUGAGCUUGGUAAAGCUGUGGCGGAGAGAUACUUGAACUUGACAGAAGACAGAUCAGCUAGUGCAAAAUGUCUCAUCAGCUACUUCGAUAAAAAGCGAAAGGCAUUUGACAUAUCUCCUACACCUGCAAAGUCAUUGUUGAGGCGACCUGCUAUGGAGUUGUCAUGGUUACAGAAGCAGAUCGAUGAUAAGGAUGGUCUGACUACAACGCUCAGCGAUCUGCUAAUGUUUCAUUUCCUGAUCGGGAAGAAUGAAUAUGAGCUAUUUGAGUUGUGGAAGUCAACUGAUCACACGUUUACAGACAUUGCUGACAUGUAUGUGAAGUCAUUUGACAAGGCCCUUGUGGAAGUUUACUGCUUGGAGAAAGACGGCCUCAUUGAACCCAGAGAUCGGUCAAAACCACCUGGGCAAAGACUGCUGUUCCUGUUGGAAAAUGUGAGGUUCUUCAUGGACAUGGCAAGUUGCAUUGAAGGAAGUAUCAGGACCCUGAAGCGCAUUACACAGUUAUUGGAGAAUCUGGAGGGAAAGUGGAAGGAGGAGUCUCAGCGCCUGGAGCUUCUGGCAGAGCACCAGUACUACCUGGCCUGCAGCGACUGCGACAGUGGCAACUACAAAAGGGGAGAGGAGUUGCACAAGAAGGUGAUGAAAUACUGGAGGACGGGCGUACAGAGUGGUGAGAUUGAUAAAAAGCUUGGCGAGGAGAGAAUGGCAUGGUGUUAUAACGGACUUGGUCUCACCCACUAUUAUCAGAAGCAGUAUAUUGAGGGAGAAAUGAUGUUCAGGGACUCUCUUGCCAUUCAUGAGAAGCACAAGAAUAUCCGUAAUGCUGCAGAUUGCUGGACAAAUAUUGGUCUGAUCAAACUUGGUUUGAAGAAACCAAAAGAGGCUAUCAAGAUCUUUGAGGAAGCUUUAAGACUGUAUGAGGAACACUAUUUUGACUCCGUACCUCACAGCAUCGGGAACGUGUACACCAACCUGGCCCUGGCAUACAGACGGGACCACCAACUGGAUCAGGCGGAGGAAUUCUACCAAAAGUCACUUGAACUGAAGAUUAACGCAGUUGGCAGUGAACACCCUAUAGUUGCAACAGCGUACAUGAACCUAGGCACUCUGUAUAUGUUCAGGAAGAAUUAUGUCAAAGUUCAGCAGUUUACAGAGAAAGCUCUUCACAUAUACAAGAUUAACCAGUUGCAUGGGGAUCAUCGGUCUUACUGGCAAUGUAAGGAAAACAUGGCAAACUGCCUACUGAAACAGAACAAGAUCGAGGAGGCUGAACCUUACUUCUGGGAUGUCUUUGAUGUCCAAAUAAGGCUAGGCUUCAUGGCUGACUGUUUACCAUAUGUUCACCACACAAUAGCUGGUCACUACAUCACCAACGACCAGUUUGACAAGGCUGACCGUAUCCUGACUGCGUUGUCGCAUUGUAAGGAGAGAAGAAAAGCUAAAACCUUUUACUUGCUGGACAUACUUGAUCAGCAGAAUCCAAGGUCAGACGUAAACCCCCGUCCAAGGGAGGAAACCCUGGAAUAUGGAAUGGAAUUGUUCCCCAGGGACAAAGACCUGUUUGAGCAGAAAGUGAGGGUGCACCUUGUUGCCCGGGGGGACCUGGAGGGGUUGGAGGAGUUCCUCACUGCCAGGGGUUCUGAAGCGGAGAUAUAUGAACAGGUGGUGGGCUGGUGUGAGGAGGAGGGCAAGCCUGGUAUUGCUGCAGAAGUCAUAGACAGGGCACUCCACAAGUUCCCAGACAACCAGAUGCUGAUAGGAAAGUCCGUGUCUGUGUGGUGCAGUGUCAAGCAGUUCGAGAAAGCCUUGCCCUUGGUGCAACAACUGGAUAGUGAAGGUGUCCACAGCGAUGAAGUUCGAUUAAAAUGUGCCCGGACCUUGCAUCAUUGCAGUGAGAAUGAGGCAGCCUAUCAAUGGCUGAAAAAGCUGCUGACCAGUAUUGGUUCCUUAUCUGAUGAAAUGAAAAAAGAGGUGGAAGCACUUAAGGAGAAGAUGGAUGCUGAAGCAAAGCUAUAGUGAAUAAACAGAUGUUUGGAUGAGGGCAACCAAAACACUCUUGUGAUACAGUGGCCAUGUCUGUACCACUGUUGCAUUAGCGCUGCAGUGGUAUGAUAAGUACCUUUAUGUACACAGACACACACACACACACACACACACACACACACACACACACACACAAGAAAUAUAUGUAAUUUAUCAGACCUCUCUACAAUCUGAACAUUUAUCUUUGCAAUAACAUAAUUCCAUCCAACAUCCUACCUUGAUUACAUUUCAGCCAUUAAUUACCACACUAUAGAAUUGUUUACAUUUUCAACAGAAGUCCUCUUCACUUCAAGUGAGUGAGUGAGUGAGUUGGGUUUAAUGCCGCUUUUAACAGUAUUCCAGUUAUAUUGCGGUGUGUCAGCUUAA